GCAAGUUUCAUUGCUCACAACAGCAGAAAGAUAUGGGGUUUCCAGGUUCUUUCUGGGCUUCAUGGCUGCUUGUUGUUAUGGUGGUCUCUGUGGCUGAAGGACAGCCUCUGGUUCCUGCAAUGUUCAUAUUUGGGGACUCAGCUGUUGAUGCUGGCAACAACAAUCACCUCGACACCAUCGUAAAAGCCAACUUCCCUCCUUAUGGAAGAGAUUUUAUCUCUCACAAACCAACUGGAAGGUUCUGCAAUGGAAAACUAGCCUCAGACUUCACUGCUGAGAACAUAGGCUUCACUUCAUACCCACCAGCUUAUCUCAGCAAAGAAGCCAAAGGAAACAAUCUCUUGAUUGGUGCCAACUUUGCCUCAGCUGCUUCUGGUUACUACCACACCACAGCAAAGUUAUCUAAUGCAAUCUCACUGAGUAAGCAGCUGGAGUACUUCAAGGAGUACCAGGAAAGGGUUGCGAAGAUUGUAGGCAAGUCCAAUGCGUCAUCAAUAAUCUCUGGUGCGGUCUAUCUCGUCAGUGGUGGGAGCAGUGAUUUUCUUCAGAACUAUUACAUCAAUCCUCUUCUCUACGUGGCCUAUUCUCCUGAUCAGUUCUCAGACCUUCUCAUACAUUCCUAUUCCAUUUUCAUUCAGGAACUAUAUGGGUUGGGAGCAAGGAAGAUCGGAGUUACAUCGCUGCCACCUCUAGGAUGUGUGCCUGCAGCCAUCACAAUAUUUGGCACUGACAGCAACGACUGCGUGGCCAAAUUAAACAAAGAUGCAGUUUCAUUCAAUAAUAAGCUAAAUGCCACUUCUCAAAGCUUGCUAAAUAAGCUUUCAGGACUUAAUCUCCUCGUUUUUGACAUCUACCAGCCUCUCUACAACCUUGUCACCAAGCCUACUGAAAAUGGGUUCUUUGAGUCAAGGAAGGCUUGUUGUGGAACAGGGUUGCUAGAAACAUCAAUUCUAUGCAAUGCCGAGUCGGUGGGAACAUGUGCAAAUGCAACAGAGUAUGUAUUCUGGGAUGGAUUUCAUCCCACAGAGGCUGCUAACAAAAUCUUGGCUGAUAAUCUCCUGGAAGAUGGCAUCUCCCUCAUAUUCUAAUCCUAUGCUUAACAACAUUUCUCUACUUGGGAGUUUGGUUGUAUUUGAAUUUAUAUUUUCUAUGGUGGGUGUAUUUGAAUUUAUCAAAGUGUUACGCAAUAUGAAUAAAGUUGCUUCUAUGAUUUGAUUCUACCA